ACUUUUAGCUUUUAGCAAUUACUAUUAGCAAAUUAUUAGUUUGUUUGGGUCACAAGCUAUAAAUAAAACCAAAGUCUAUUGAAAUUUGCACAUUAUCAUCGACGAAAUGCGUAAUUGAGUGUUGUGAGAGUGGAAAGGUAUGUGGCUGCAUGAGGAACAGUGCAAAAUGCAGGAAAUUGAUGUUGAAUUGCCUUCGCCUUGAGCUGACCAUUUUGUCAAUGAUUCAUGGAGGGUUGAUGCUGUAUUUGAAGAAUUUAAAUUGAUGACAUUAGUUGAACAAAGCUUUUUUGCUCGCUCAAACUAAACAUUGCUACCUACCACUUUCAUGCAAGAAGUUGGACUGACAUUUUCACCCUCAGUUUGUGUUGUGCUCGAACUCUAGAAGUACCCACGUCAUGUUGCCCACAGUUUGUGAUAAGACUGAUAAUCCCAUCCUGUUUCUUUUGAACUAUCUGCAUGUUUUAGAAGAUAUGAACAUUGCUCACUUGCAUGUGUAUUAGUGUAGAUCUGUUGUUCUUCUGGUAAAUUUAGCUUUGAUAAAUAAUAUAAUCAUGCAGUCCUGUGUUGGAGUGGAUACUUCAAGUAUGGGGUCAGUCUGGAAAAGACUCCAGAGGGUGAACAAGAGAGCUGCCAAAUUCCAGUUUACAGUUUCUUAUCAUCAGUUGUCUGUGGAUUUCACCUCAAGAUGGGAACCCCACAAAUUGCUGCUGGUAUGGUCAAGGAGAUCAAGAAGAGUGACCUCGGUCCCGAUGACCUGGGAACGUACCUUACAAAAUCCAUACAAGGGUCUAGUUGUGUGGCCAGUACCUGAUAACCAUCAAGUGGCUGUUACCCUCUUCAAGGAUCCAAGAACCAAUGAAUUGGAGGACAAAGAUUGGUCUUUUAUCAUCGAAGAUGUACCUACUAGUGGAAAAAGAAGACAACUUGCCAUCGCUCACGUUAAUAUGCGAAAAUAUGCUAGCGUGGAGUCUUCUCAAACGGAAUUACAAAUAAAUUUCAAACCGACUACCAAAAAAAUAACAGGUGCCAAAUUGGACUGUACCCUUUCAUGUGUGUUCCUUAGGGAAGGAAAAGCUACUGAUGAAGAUAUGCAGUCCAUGGCGUCCCUAAUGUCUGUUAAUAAUAACGGUGAUGACAUUGCCCCCUUGGAAGAUGUGGAAGAUGACGAUAUAUCUCUGAGCGAUAACGCCAUGAAAAAUAGCAUACAUGAAGUAACCCAGCACCUGCAACAAAUGACAAACAGUUUGUCUGGCUCAGAUUUCGCCAGUACACCCAUAAGUGUGGCCAGCAUCCCUUCAGACGACAGAACACCUACAGCAGACAUGUUCUCCCCUUCCAUCGACCAUCCGAAAUUGGUCAAAAUAUCCGUGCCCCCGCCCAGAGAAACCGACUUCGCGACCAGCGCCAGCGACAUCUACUCGGAAGAGUGCAUGGAAGUGCUGGACAAUCUGGACCAUCUGGACAAUCUGGAAAGCUCCAUGGACGAGGGAAAAGGCGAUUCGGUUAGGAUUGUCGCCCAAGAGAAAAGUACGAACAAGAGUGCUCACUUGAAGUUGCCGUUGGAUUCGCGGGAAAGUGUUGAAACGAAGGCGCAGCAAAAGUUGGCAACACCAGGGCAAGAUUUGCUGGAAUGGUGCAAAGAAAUGACGAAAAGCUACCCAGGAGUGAUGGUGACUAAUCUCUCGACUAGUUGGAGGAACGGGAUGGCUUUUUGUGCCCUCAUUCAUCAUUUCAAACCUGAUUUGAUAAACUUCGAAUCGUUGACACCACAUGACGUCAAAGGUAAUUGCAAGAAAGCCUUUGAUGCUGGAGAGAAGCUAGGCAUACCCAGAGUCAUUGAACCUUCUGAUAUGGAUAUGUUAGCAAUUCCCGAUAAACUGGCCGUCAUGACUUACCUCCACCAACUCAGGGCGCAUUUUACUGGACACCAAUUGGAAGUGCAGCAAAUCGGUAAAACCGUAGAGGAAAGCAACUACGUCAUUGGAAAAUUCAGCACCGAUACAGACACUGACAUCUCCAAACAGGUGUUUGGACAGGAAAUCAGUAACUUCCGUAAAGCAAAACUGAACAAGAAGCAGGAGAACCAGAAAGAAAAAGAGAUGAAUAUGGCGAACAAAGCUACUCAUAACGAUCAGAAAGGGGAUGCCUCGAAACUGAGAUUGCCCUUGAAGAUAAUCAGCGAACCUGAAGCUGUCAAGGAGAGCAAAGAAAAAUCGCCCACGAUCGUCAAAGAUGUCAAAGAUAUUAUUUUGAAUGGUUCCAAGAAUAUUAUGAGUAAGGUGAUUUCGUCUCCCGGAAGAGACAAACAGGAGCAGCACCAGAAGAAGCAAGAAGAAAAGAAACCGGAACCGAAGAAACCGAUACUCAUGACCCGAAGGGAAUUGACAGAUCCCUUCGGUUCGGAUGACGAGGAAGAUAUGCCUCCGUUCGAUAACAAGCCGGAAACCAAAGUAGAUAGUUGCAAAAUUCCAAUAGUAAAUGGUGACGCCAAUCAUAGCUCGGAUUUUGCUGAUAGCGAUAAAAAAGACACUAUUUUCUCUGAACUGCCGAAACCGAAUGCGCAAAUACUCAUGAGGCACUCAGAGCUAAGGGAGCGGGCAAGAAUGUUGCUGGAGCAAGCCAGAAAAGACGGCUCUAAUCCCACUUCACCUUCCAGGUCGGAAGAAGAAAGACAAGCUCAACUUCGCGAAAGAGCGAGGAGGAUCCUUGAGGGGGCAAGAAGGGGUUCAGGCUCCACCACUGAAAUAAUCAGAAUCAGUCCGGAAUCUGUUAACGCCUACUUAGAGGCCGGCGACAAAUUGAAAUAUCUGAAUAACGAGAUGCAAAUACUGGAACGGCAAAACGGUUCAGAGAAAAACGGGAAUAUUUAUUUGGGUGAUGUGAAUAGUUCCGAGGAGGUCUCUGUUAAAUCUAGUCCAAACGAUCAUAUAAGAGACAGGAUUACUCCAGAUAAAUUGCCAGAUCAGUUGGGAUUGAAAGAAAUGGGUAUAGACGUGAACUCGUGGAUAGAUCAAGAAAACGACGAUCUCGAAAGAGAACAAAGAGCCAUCGAUGAACAGGCGGCAGUUCUCGAAAAACAAUUGAGGACUGUCAUGGAGUCCAGAGAAAGUAACGGGGAAGAAGAGGAAGCCUUAAUGACUCAGUGGUUUCUCCUCGUUAACAAGAAAAACGCUUUGCUCAGGAGGCAAAUGCAACUCAAUAUCUUAGAGAAGGAAGCUGACCUGGAAACAAAGUAUAAGAUGUUGAACGCUGAGCUUCGGAAGAUAGCUUCCAUCGAAGAUUGGAGGAAAACAGAGGAACAAAGAAAUAGAGAACAGGAGUUGUUGGAGGAACUAGUUCAGAUCGUGAAUAAACGAGACGAGCUCGUACAUCAUUUGGACAAUCAAGAGAAAGCCAUUGAGGACGAUGAGAUUAUCGAGAAAGACGUUUCUCACAUCGAACUACCGGCAAAGGAUACUAAUUGUGUUAUAUCUUAAGUCCCACUUAAACUGCACAUCACGAGAUUUGCAUAGGUUUUCUAGUUUUUAUCCUCGAAAUACGAAUGAGAUGGUGCUUUUUGUGAUAUUUUCUUUAUGAGUCCGGUAGAAUGAAUGUUUAGAUUGAAUUGUUUCACCUUCAUUUUGAUGAUUCCCUGUAGAACUUUGAGUGUCUGGAAAGACAUAGCUUUAAUUUAUUAUUCUGAUUGUAUAUCUAUAUAUAGAAGAAGUGUUGAUUUUUUGCACGAGUAUAUUGACUUUUAGUAGUCUCCUCUUUCUUUUUGCAAAAAUGUACAUAGUAUUUAUGGAAAAUACGUUAUUAUGUGAUGAUAUUAACUAUAUUUCACUGAUUGCCAUUAGGUAUUGUAAAUAAGUGUAUUUGCCCGAAUUAAUACAAAUUUUGACUGUUACCCAAAGCCAUCCAGCUGGUAGUGCAAUAUUAUUUAGUUCAUCUUGAAAAUUAACCAUUUCAUCACCUAAUUACUUGACGUGAGACAUGUACAUGUAGAAAUAAUUAUUAUUGGCGAUUAAUAUUACAAAUUGAGUUGCCAUGAGGAUGAACCGUCGGUACUCUAUUUAACCACUAGUUGCAAACAUUUGCUUUAGUCGAAUAAAUCAUUGUCGAAUAAAAAUAGCUUCGAUUAUUCAUUUGAGCUGCAGAAUGCGUGCUUCCAAAUAUAAUAGGCUACAAAAUCGUCUAGUUAAAUUUUGACGUCUCUUCCUUUGAAUAUUUCAAAUUAGAUUUUGUGAUUUGUUACCAUUGAAAUACUAUACAGCAAACUUAAUUUUCAGCUUGUUGUUUAACUUGUUUCCCACCUUCAGUAUCAAACUUUUUGGUGUUAGUAAGACAAAUAGACAAAGUUCCAGAUUAUAAAUCGUUAGGUAAUCAAUUUUUAUUAUUGCCCAAUAAAUUGGAGUUAUUUCCAAAUUUUAAUUGAAAGUAUGAGAUUUUUACAUUGAUUUGCCAUACUUCGGGAAGAAAAAUCUAGUAGGUCGUGAAAAUAAAAGGGUGUUUUUUAAAUAAACAUUCUUCUGUCAUUUAAUGUUUGGAAUUCGAAAUGACUUCAGUUGAAAUCAUGCUUAACUUGAACUAAACCCCAAAUGACAGAUGAAUAAUUUAAAUAAUUGACACACAUUUUCAAUGACCCUCAAAAUUUUUCUAAACAUCAACUAGCAUAAAAUGGGUCUUCUUGAAGAAGAGGCUUGACUGGCAUAAUAAUAAAUCUUAUAUGACGUCUGUAUUUUCAGUAAGAUCUGGUACUUUGAACUUUCAAAUUUGUUACCUGUGUCUUUUCAUUCUGUAUACGUAUAUAUAUUUUUUUCGAGAACUUGGUUGUAAAAAAGUUGUGUUAGAUAAUUAAAUAUAUGAGGGUAGGUAGUUGUUCAUUUUUCAAACUAGCUUAUAAUUGUGUAAGCUUCCGCAUGGUUGUAUCCGGUGUACAAUUUUUGAACUGUAUAGUUUUGUAUUUAUUUUAUUGAGUCAGAAAUUAUUUAAUGUAAAUAAACUUCUAAUUAC